UCAGCAUGUACUUUUUUUUUUUUAAAGUAACCGACCACUAAUGAUCCAAUAGAAAUCCUUGUUUCAAAAGGGCCAUCACGGAUUUUACAUGUUCCCAACUCGUAGCACAAAAGCCAUAUUUUCAGAUACUCCUGUUCGGGUCUUGCCUGUUGCCACUGAAGUUACACUUUGAGGGUGUGCGCCCGGUGUGUCUUUGUAUGUGUCCAUUCUUGUCAAACGGCGGCUGCAUAUUCGGAUUGCUUUCAGGAAAAAGCUCCACGGGGUGUGCUGCCUACAGUUUAGGCACUCUUUAUUAUUUUUACCCCCCAGAAAAGUUGAGGCAAUAAAAUGAUGUCGGUGGGCAUCGAAGCUGGAUUUUCAAACGAUGAGGUUCUCAACAAUCGUUUUCCUCUCCACCGCGCCUGCAGGGAUGGGGACGUCGGUGCCUUGUGUUCGCUGCUACAGUGCGCCACAAACCAGGCGGACUUGGUCGCUGAAGACUCUUUUUACGGUUGGACACCCAUUCAUUGGGCAGCACAUUUCGGAAAGCUGGAGUGUGUGUUGCGUCUGGUGCAGGUCGGGUGUGAGGUAAACGCAGUGACGACGCGCUUUGCCCAGACGCCCGCGCACAUUGCUGCUUUCGGGGGCCACCCUCAGUGCCUGCUGUGGCUCCUGCAGGCUGGAGCUGACAUCAACCGACAGGAUUACGUGGGUGAGACCCCCAUCCAUAAGGCAGCUCGGGCAGGUAGUGUGGAGUGCAUCACUGCCCUGCUGCUGCAGGGGAUCAAGCCAGAUUUGAGGAAUGCCAACGGGCAGACGGCAGCGGACCUGGCCCACGCGCAGGGCUUCCAGGAAUGCGCCCAUCUCCUCUCCAACGCCCAAAACCAGCUCAAUCAGCUCAACGGCUUGCUGAACAGUGGCCACCACCAAGGGCUCAAUGGCGUAGCCAAUAGAAAGAGAUUGCUUGACUGCUCUGAGAAUAAUCACUUCAAGAAGGCAAGGACAGGAGACAUGGACCUCCCCCUGAAGAUGCCCAAUGGUGCGGGAGAGGAGAUGGAGGGCAUGCACGUGAUGCACGUGGAGGAGCCAUUGCCACCGUCUUGUUCAGCAGGUGGCGCCACCAUCACACCGUCCUUGAUGAACAGUAACACACAACCCAUCCCAAAUUCUACCUCCAAUGGGGUCCUUGAGAUAAACCUGCCAGCCCAGAACGGACACCUGACUUCGUCCGACAGCAGCGGCACAACGCCACCCCGCCACCCGAACUCGGCAGACAUGUGCGGCUCCUUGCACCUCGCUGGCAGCCCCAGCAGCUGUGUCAGCCACCGUCCGUCCUGGGGGAGCCUUAACGGCACCUUCGCCAGCGAUUUUGGGGACCACCUGCAUUACGGCCACUACCACGGUUUCGGGGACACGGCGGAGGACCUCGAAGACGCCAGCAGCCGCUUAGAACACUCCAGCACCAUGAGGGUGGAGCAGAAGUACAACCAAGCGCUCCUGAACACCAUGCAGCUCUACCAUGGAUCGUAGAGGAGGAUUAAGAAGAGAGGGCAUAGCAGCAGACCAUCCAUAUGUAUGUGGUGUGGUGUGAGUGUGUGUUUCACGUCACAGUAGUGGCCCAUCACCAUCAGCCUUAAUUGUUUUGAAUGGUUACUGUCAUUAUGGUUGGAGUACCUUCCCUUUUCCCCAGCAAUUAAAGCAAUUAAAGUGGAAAGUGGUACAAUUAAUGAUAACACAAAGGGCGAAAAUGUUUUACUUGCAUUUUUUAUUUUGUUUAUGUUGGGCCAAAUUGCUUAGUGUAGACAUCUUUGUAUUACGAUGUAAAGCAUUUCUUUGUUUCUUUAAAGUGUGUUAUCGCUUAACUGGGUUUAAUAUGGAUCUCAUGGUCAAGCAUUAAUGUGUAGUUUGUCUGAGGCAAUGAGUGAAAUGUCUUUAAAAAAAUCAUGAAUGUCUAUGAGAAGUAAUUUAAUUUGACCCAUUUUAAAGGAUGUACUUUUUGUGCCUGUUUUUUUUUUUUAUAAAUGUAUUGUGGUUGUAACGUUCAAUUUUGUAUUGUUGUAAAAUUGGUUGAAUUGCUGUUACUUCCAGAGUGAAAUGAACUGUAAAACAGUUUUCGUGUAGGGAUUCUUUCUAAAGAAAAAAAAAACU